UUCGUGUUCCUUCCCUGGUCUCGACAAUGACUACUUCAAGACGUGUAGCUGACAGGAAAGUUGCAAGGUUUGAGAGGAACAGUUUAAAGAAAUCCUCGUCCAAGAAAGGAUACCCUGUGGGCCCUAUUGUUCUUGCCUUCAUUAUUUUUGUGGUCGUCGGUUCCUCUCUGUUUCAGAUCAUUAGGACUGUUAAGAGUCGGGGAAUGGCAUGA